AGCUUGCUAGCUGGCUAAUGUAGCCAUGGUAGCUAACAUUAGCUUACAUUCUAUUCAGCUAACGUUAGAUAUCUGACUUAUAUCAGCUACUAAUUUGGCAAGGAGUUGUCUAUUAUAAUUGUUACAUUUAACGUCAAGUUAUUCAAAGGAAUUGUAAGUGCAGCUUGAAUAGCUAAUUAUUAAGGGAGUGUACUAUCUUGGUAACUUAAUUAAAGGUCAGACUCUUCACAGAAACUGGUCUUUGCUGAUUUGCGAGCUGGCUAAGCAGUUCCAGGAGGGAGAUGGCUCAAGAGACAAACCAGGCCCAAGUGCCUCUGCUGUGUGUCACCGGGUGUGGCUUUUAUGGGAACCCUCGGACCAACGGGAUGUGUUCGGUCUGCUAUAAAGACUUCUUACAGCGGCAGAACAACAGUGGCAGAGUCAGCCCGCCAGUGUCCACCAGCGUCAGCAGUAUAGGCGAGUCUCUGGCCUCGCAGUGCACAGAGACCAGCCUGGCUGAGGUCCUACCUGCGCUGCCCCAGGCCAGCACACCACUGGAACCGAGCAGUGUUGCAUCCAGCCGGGCACUCCUAACGCAAGCUUCACGAACACAUUCUGAAGAGGAUGAUUCGACGGGGGACAAAGUUGGGCUGAAAACAGAAGAAUCGCAGGUUUCAGUGUCAGAAAACUCCGAACAGGCUCCUGAUGGAGGACAGGACCAGUCUCCUGAGAAGCCCAAACCGAAGAAGAACCGCUGCUUCAUGUGUCGAAAGAAAGUAGGCCUUACAGGGUUUGACUGCAGAUGUGGAAAUGUGUUCUGCGGCAUCCAUCGAUACUCUGACAUGCACAGCUGCACGUUUGACUACAAGGCCGACGCCGCUGAGAAAAUUAGGAAAGAAAACCCCGUAGUUGUUGGAGAAAAAAUCCAGAAGAUCUGAAAUCCACAAUUUUUAAAGGAUUUUUUUAUAUAUAAAAGGCUGCAAUUUAGAUUUUUUCCCCUCAAUCUUUUUCUUAAAAUUAAGUUCUUUAUGGGAAUUCUAGGGAAUAUUCCCAUCACAAAUCCUUAAUCUAAAUCAUGCAUGCCACUUGGAAAUGCAUCUUUGACAAUUAUUUAGUGUUUUCUUUGCAAUGAUUUGAGUUUAUAUCAGAAAUAUGGAUUGUGAAUUUGAAAAGAGACUAUAUAGGUUUUAUAUAAUUUUAUGUCAUUUAGUUUUUUCAAUAUACAGGGCCUUCAUUAUUAUUAGGUGAGGUUGCUGGAGGGGGAGAUUUUCUUUUGUCUGAAAUUGCAUGUUGUACCCUUGAAGUAUUUUUCCCACCUUUGUACUGUAUGUAGUUUCUUCUAAUAAUUGAAUGUAUGCUAAGGAAUAUUGCCGAUUUGUUCCACAUUUAACUGCAAAAAAAGUUUUUUUUUUUUUAACAUUAGCAUAUUUGCUUAUUUGCUUGGGAAAUAUUUUUGGUUCAUGUUUUUGUCAGAAUUUACUUUGGAGUGUGUGGUUUUGCUGCAAAAAAGUUGGGAGAGAAUGUGUGUGUUUAUGAAUGAAUAAAAUGUAUUUUUUCUUUUUGAGUUUGUUGGCACUUUGCUGCCUGUGUGAGAGCAAAUUUGAUUCCUUUAUAACAGUGCACAAAUGAAGUAUGAACUGAGAUAAUCGUGUUGUAUUUAUGUGACUAUUCACUGUCUUAACUUUGGUCUUAAUAAAACUUAAGCCAGUUUUA